AUGGCUCACGAAAUUGUUCGCCAAGAAUCCGUUAAAGAGCUGGGCAAAGACAGAACAAGAAUUACAAAGUUGGUGUCGCCAAUUGAAAAUAAUUUAGUGGGCCUUUCUUGCUUGGAAUCGGGAGAUUGUGCUGAUGAGCUAAAUAAUACAAUGGAAUAUCUUGUCAAACUGGAACUACCUGGGAGGGAUUUGGAUUUGAAACACUUACGUAAACUACGUUUAAAUGGUUGCAGCGUAUCAGAAGUGCCUGAGAGUCUUGGCUGCUUAACCUCUCUAGAAACAUUGAAUCUAAGCGGAAACAAUUUUGAGAAACUCCCUAUCAGCAUCAGUAAACUCUCUGAGCUGCAGUACCAUGGCUUUAAGGAAUUGCUGGAAGAUUAA